GGGGCCGCCGGGAGCGAGCGCGGCCCGGGCCGUGCCCGAAGGAGUUGUGCUGGGUGGAGCUGGGCCGUGAGGGGCCGUGAAGGAGGAACCGUGCCCAAAUGGGCUGUGCAGGGGAUAGCUGUGCCGUGAGGGGCCGUGAAGGAGGAACCGUGCCCAAAUGGGCUGUGCAGGGGAUAGCUGUGCCGUGAGGGGCAGGCCGUGCCGGGGGGAGCCGUGCCCGAAUGACGCUGUUUGUUUUUCCAGAUGCCGAAAGGACUGUUAAUUAUGCAUGAUUGAUGACAUCAGAGAAACUAAAGAAUGCCAACUAAAAGAUCCCAUGGAUUUGUUUCAUUCUGGGCAAGUUGUAAAAAUAUGUGCUCCUAUGGUCCGCUAUUCAAAGUUGGCUUUCAGAACCUUGGUUAGGAAGUACAGCUGUGAUUUGUGUUACACACCAAUGAUAGUGGCAGCUGAUUUUGUGAGAUCUGCAAAAGCCAGAGACAGCGAAUUCACAACAAACAAAGGUGAUCACCCACUGAUUGUUCAGUUUGCUGCUAAAGAAGCACAGGUUUUGUGUGAUGCUGCCCGGAUCAUCUGUCCUUUUGCAGAUGGAAUAGACCUAAACUGUGGCUGUCCUCAGAGAUGGGCGAUUUCAGAAGGUUACGGUGCUUGCUUAAUAAAUAAACCUGAGCUUGUUAAAGAUAUGGUGAGACAUGUACGGAGUCAGAUCGACAACCCUAAAUUUUCAGUAUCUAUUAAAAUAAGGAUCCAUGAGGACUUAAAAAGAACAGUUGACCUGUGUCAAAAAGCUGAAGCAGCUGGAGUUUCAUGGAUUACAGUACAUGGGAGAAGUAUAGAAGAAAGGCAUCAACCUGUACAUUACGAUGCAAUUAAAAUAAUUAAACAAAGCAUGUCUAUACCUAUUGUGGCUAAUGGAGACAUUAAAUCUUUAAAAGAUGCUGAAAAUGUUCAUCACCUGACAGAAGCAGAUGGUGUCAUGGUGGCUAGAGGACUCUUGGCAAAUCCAGCUAUGUUUGCAGGAUAUGAGGAGACACCUUUUCAGUGCAUCCAGGACUGGGUUGACAUUGCUCUUGAGCAUGGAACUCCUUUCACGUGUUUUCACCACCACUUAAUGUACAUGAUGGAGCGCAUCACUUCAAAACAAGAAAAAAAAGUUUUUAAUGUUUUAUCAAGCACCUCAGCAGUACUAGAUUAUCUGAAUGACCAUUAUGGUUUGGGGUAAAUGGAAGUAUGUUAGUCCUGUGUAAACUUGUAUUUUGCAAUUGUCGAUAAACUGUAAAAGUUUUCAUUGAGUUUUUACUUUUUAGUCAUAUUUGUAUAUUGUGUAAGUAUUUUCAACACAGCAAAACAUUAUUAUUUGGAUGAUAUGAUAUGAUAUAUAUGAUUUUUAUGUCUCCAUUUUUCGCUCUAGAGAAUAUUCAAGAUUCUACAAAUGUGUCAUUCUAUUUCCAAUGCACUACUACAGGGAGGAUUGAUUAUUGUAUGGCCCUGGUAAUUUAAUUUUUCACCAGAUAAUUGCUCACAGCAAUAUGAUUACAAAACUAGGGCCUUUCUUAUAUUAAACCUCCUAAAAUCAGGACUAAUUAUAGAUAAUGACAGUAAUUUCAAACCAAAAGAAUACAAAGGGAGCAACUGUAGAAGUUUUUGCUUUAGAUAACAUAAGCUUAAAGCCCAUCAUACAAUCCUUUUUUAAAUUUGAUGUUUCUUUUGCAGCCUAAAACUUUGUAACUUAUAACUUAGAAGAAAUUCCAUGCUUCUUAUAGCGAAAGAAACACAGAAUAGAUAAACAAUUAUGGGAAGAAGGAAGAAGGAAAAUGAAGAGGGAAAGAAUUAGGAAGGAAGAGAUAGUUUAAGUACAAACUUAGCUGAAUCUAAAGAACAAGAUUUUUAAGUUUAAUCUAACUAAAUUCAGUUUUGUUUAUCUACUGUAGAACAAUUGUAUACAAGAUUAAAUCCCUAUCAUCUACCAAGCCAGAACUUUUUAGGUCAAAGAAAAGCUGACAGAUUCUCUCAGUGGGGCUCUUGCAGUCCUUUCUGCCUGCUGGCAUGUUGCUUAUCUAAGCAUGACAGCCACUUGGCUUUGAAUCAUUAUAUAGGGGUGAAAUAGUGAAAAUUAGAACAAGAUAAUAUUACACACCAGCUGCAUUUUUUCUGCAAGGAAAAUUUCACAAAACUGUACAGUACAAUUAUUUGUAAUCAAAUAUUUUUUUCUUUAUAUGUUUACACAGAAAUUCAUACCAAAAAUUGCCGAGUUUUCUGACUGUGAUUGUUCUAUGAAUAUACAUGUGAAUAGUUCAAGGUUUUCUAAAUAAAUUACUUGGUUUUGUA